CAAUGGUAAGCCUGUGCGUUCAUUUUACAUAGCGUACCUAUAGCUCCCUGUAUGAUUUUAUUAGCCUAUUCUAGAUAUGUCUAGUUGCGCUUUCGAAAUAGGAACAAGCGCUGCGGUCAUAACUUUUGAUCAGUUUAAAUAGCCUAGUUGUCAUGGGAUAUAGGCCUAGCCUAUGUGACAUUGAUCCUAGCCUAUUGCAGAAAGGGUGGUGAUUGAGCCACAUAUGUUAUAUGUUAUUUAUAAUCUUUUAGGAUUUAUUUCCAGGUUAUUCUUUUGUAAUAACAAGAAAUACCGACACGGGAUUCGUCUCUUCAGUUGGAACGGGAUGAGGACCGUGCGUUUUGCUGUUGGGGCUUUUAUCAGUCUGAUUUUCCAAGUGGGCAUGACACAACAGAGGACGAAUGGUGAAUAUUGCCAUAGUUGGAAGGACGCGCAAUCUAACUGGCGAGGGGGUUUCCAUUGUCCGGAGGGCCACGAUCAAAGAGAAGCGGCGAUCUGUUGUGGAACGUGUGAGCUGCGCUACUGUUGCGCGCUCAUAGGAGCAAGACUGGAUCAGGGUAACUGCAACAACCACGAGCAAGUUCUACAGCCUGGCACGUCUGAUGACGAGAAAGAUGCCAAGAGUGCAGUACCUGUCUAUGUCCCCUUUGUGAUCGUGGGCUCUGUUUUUCUGGCCUUUAUCUUUCUGGGCUCCAUGGUGGCUAUGGGUGUCUGUCUGAGUCGUAAACAGGAGAUCUCCCAAAGCCCAGACGGUGCUGCUGGGCCCCAGGGUGGGAGUGGAGAGCAGCAGCAGGAGGCUGUACCCAUGACUGUGAGUACAGGGACGUCCUGUGGUUCCACCUCAUCUCUCUACCCUCCCAAUCCCAGCCAAGCCUGUCCAACUGGAUCCACACGUGUCCACCAAACCUUAAAGAGGCAGGAAACUCCCACCAGCCCACAACCCUCCAUGGUCCAACCUUUUACCAUGCACCCCACCAUGGUGUUUUCCAGCCUGGUUCACCCCUCCAUGCUUCAUCAUUCCAUAAUGCAUCCUUAUAUGGCUCAAAUGCCUACUCUGUAUACCUCACAAGGGGAAAGCCGUCAUCUCCCAUCUCCCUGCCCUCCAUCCAGCUAUACCAGCACUAAACCCAGGCACACUGAAGUGAUCAUAUAAUUUGUGGCUGUGACUUUGAAAGACUCCAGUAUGGAGUAUUUGGGUAUUCAAAUAGCAAAAUAUUAAUAAGCCCAGGAAAUGGAAUGUAAAUGUGUGGCAGCCAGUUUAGACUAAUAAAAAUGUUUAGGAGAAUAAUUGCAAUUGGUCAGUUAACAAUAAUUCAAUCAUUCAUAUUUUAUUAUUCCUUAAAAUGUAUAGUGUUUCUUUGUAAAUAUUCUGUACUCAUUUCUACAAUUUACACAUUCAA